AUGGCCGUUGCCGACACUCGAUUCAAGCUCAACACUGGAGCAGAGAUCCCUGCCUUGGGUCUCGGUACCUGGCAAUCCGCCCCCGGUGAGGUUGAGAAGGCUGUCAGCCACGCCAUCUCGGUGGGAUACAGACACAUCGACGGCGCUUUCUGCUACCAAAACGAAGAGGAAGUCGGAAAGGGAAUUAAGGAUGCCCUGGCCUCUGGAAAGGUGAAGCGGGAGGACCUCUUUGUUACCACCAAGCUGUGGUGCACUUACCACAGCCGGGUGCAAGAGGCUCUGGACCUGAGUUUGAAGAACUUGGGCUUGGACUACAUCGAUCUGUACUUGAUGCACUGGCCAUUGGCCAUGAACCCCAAUGGAAACCACCCUCUCUUCCCUAAGCAUGAAGAUGGUUCUCGAGACAUUGUCCAAUCGCACUCUCACGUCCAAACAUGGAAGAACAUGGAGAAGCUUCUCUCGACCGGAAAGGUCAAGGCCAUCGGUGUCUCUAACUACAGCGUGCGUUAUCUGGAGCAAUUGCUUCCUGAGGCUACCGUUGUCCCUGCAGUCAACCAAAUUGAGAACCACCCCUCUCUCCCACAGCAGGAGAUCGUCGACUUUUGCAAGAAGAAGGGUAUCCACAUCACCGCCUACAGCCCUCUGGGAAGCACUGGCAGUCCACUGUUCACAGCCGAGCCUAUUGUAGAGGUUGCAAAGAGGAAGGGAGUUAGCCCCGCCACGGUUCUUCUCAGUUGGCACGUUGCCCGUGGAUCCUCUGUUCUCGCCAAGUCCGUCACACCUUCUCGUAUUGAAGACAACCGCAACUUGGUUCAGCUCGACGAGAAUGACAUGGCCACCAUUGCCAAAUACACCGACGAUCUCGCUGCCAAAAAAGCCUUCCAGCGCUUCGUCUACCCUCCCUUUGGUGUUGACUUCGGUUUCCCCGACAAGUCAUAAACUGUCACCAACUCUAGUCUCUACCUACCAAGCAUCUCCUAGUACAUAUGACCACCGGAUGCGGAAAGCAGGGCUUUCCAUUCGCUCUGCCAUGCCUCCCACUAUCGUGAAUGGACAGGGCGAAAUCUCAGUGAACCAGUAGGCCCAUAACUACCUUAUGGAAAGGUGUUGUGCGCCCUUCAGGGUGAGUGUAGAAGAUUUGAGUGUGUCUUGUAUAACAGCCUGGGGAGCCUGGAUAAGUAGUUUUGAUUCUUUAUAUUUGUUUAUAGAUAGACGACAUAUA